UUUGUUCCGUCCCAUACAUUUUGAUGUCUAUACUUUAAUCAUAUCCAAACCCGCACUUAGUUACAAUAUAAGUUGUAUUUUGCUCCUGUCCUACCCUGUUUUCUCAAAACACUCUUUCAAAUGAUCCUUUCUACUCUGGGGAAUAACCUUUCCAAAUGAGUGUCUUUGUGAUCCGUGGGGCUUAUAUCUUGAUCAGUUUAGGCAGUACAAGAACGUGACCGUUCAGAAAUGGGAGGCUUUGAAGACAUCCUAUGGCUAAGAAAUAGCUGCAAAUUAGGGGAUCCCGUGUUAAAUUCACCAACGAGCUGUUCUGAUGGGACAUCGGAUGACUGGUAGGGGAUAGUAACAUAGAAGCCAGGGGGGCAUUUCUUCUCCCCAUGAACUCCUCACUGGGAAUGCAACUAAGAGUCUUCCUGAGGUUGUGUGCUUAUGGGGAGCUCUGCCCUCGUGCAGCUGGGGCUCGUGGUUGUUGCUUCAUCAUAGGCUUGAAGUAAGGCAAUGACUCUAAAAUGCAAGGUGUUUUGCUUUUUGUUCUUAGAGCUUACAUAAAAUGAAGAGCCAAGAAAACAACACUUGAAGAGUGGAGAUAAACUCUAAUUUAUAAGUACACGCAGAAUGAACAAAAGCCUUGGUUUGCAAUGCUUUUAAAAAAAAAGUUUGCAACUUUAGAAAAAAAAAUAUCCAAUUGUCAAGUUGUUUUAUUUUGAACACGUUUUAAAGCUUUUCUGCAGAACUGUUUUCAUCAUUGUUGUUUGUGAUUUCCUAGUACAAGAAAACAUUGCUUCAUCCUUUUUCAUAUUGCUAUCCUGCAGUUCUCCGCUGCCUCCUAAAAUUGGGAGGCUGUUCAUUUUGUUUUCAUCCAUCUUUGUGUGUGUGUUUUGUAUCAUACAAUCUCUGUAAAGACCAGAAGGGUAAAUUUGUUCUCUUUGAUAAGGUGCAGGUAGGAUGGUAAAUAAUUAUUUUUAGGAAGGUUCCAUGGUUUGCAUUUUUGUGUAAAAGCAGCGAAAAUCUCAAACAAAAGAGGACUAACUCAGCAUGUUUUUCCAUUUGUUCUUCAACAGACUGGAUUUAAAUUAAAAAGUAUCAGUGUAAUGAUGACACAGCCUACAAGACAGGAGUCAAUGAGCUAGUGAAUGACUUAGAGGAAUCACUGAAAGUUGUUUGGAAAAAAGUUAAUAUCUAAAUGUAAACACACACUUGAUAUUUCGUAUUUUUAAUUUGUAAUGUUUUCCUUUAAGCAGACAUUUAUACUUCAAACUUCAGGUGUGUAUGGUUAUUUUGAAAUGAAGAGAAUUCUGCAAUUAUUCUAGUGGCAUAGCCUACAUUACCAUAACACAGCAUGGAAUUAGAGCAAAUUGAAAAGCAGUUACAAUGCCCUCAACAGAAAGCAUCUCUGAGACUAAAUGAGGAUGUUUGUGAAACAAAUGCACAUUUUAAACAGCCUUUUGUUAAAAAAUAUUUGUAUUUUGCACUGCCUCCAACCUAGGAUAGUUCAAUGCAGAAGUGUCAGUUCUGACAAACACUCAUUUUUCCAUUUCAUUAAGUCUGUCAAAAUUAGAAAUCUUUCAUUUGAAUUGAACUUUUUUUCCCCCUCCAAAUUCAAAUGAAACUUCUCAGUUGGGUGCAUGCAGGUUGCAAAUGGUUCUUCUGCAGAACCCAACUGUUGGAACACAUUGUCAUGGUUUAACCCGGCCAGCAGCUAAAACAACCACACAGCCGUUCGCUCACUCCCUGCCACCCAGUGAUGGGGGAGAGAACUGAAAAUGGAAAAAAGUAAAACUUGUUGGUUGAGAUAAAGACAGUUUAAUAGGACAGAAAAGGAAGAUGAUGAUAGUAACAACAACAACAACAAAAAUAAUAUACAAAACAAGUGAUGAACAGCACAAUUUCUCACCACCCAAAGUUGAUCCUCUGCAAGACCCUUAGAUCAUCUACCUCCCCUCCGCUCCUCCUCCCCCCACAGUUAUAUAGGGAACAUGAUGUCAUAUGGUAUGGAACAUCCCUUUGGCCACUUUGGGUCAGCUGUCCUGGCUGUGCCUCCUCCCAGCUUCUUGCGCGCCCCUGCCUUCUCAUUGGCAGGGCAGUAUGAGAAGCUGAAAAGUCCUCGACUUCAUGACAACAACUAAAACAUCAGUGUGUUAUCAACAUUAUUCUCCUCCUAAAUCCAAAACACAGCACUGUACCAGCUGCUAGGAAGAAAAUUAACUCUAUCCCAGUCAAAACCAGGACAUAUAUGAAAAUCUGUGUGAAGCUUGCCAGUCCCUCAGCAGAUGUAUAUAGGGGUUAUAAAUUUUGCAAAUGCGUCUUAUACAGAGAGUAGAGCUCACUGUUUGGCGGAGAUUGGAAGAGUGUCAUUGUUUUUCACAAAUGAGUUUUUUCAGGCUUUUUAAUAAGUUGAUAUAAUAUUGAUGUAACAUAAUGGAGGCUGAUGAACCUGGUUGGGAAAAUAGUAAGCAAUGAAGGGAACAAACCAGUGACAGGCUAAUCUGGAUUGCUAAAUCAGGUGGAAACUAGCAACAUGCAUUUUACCACUGCCAAAUGCAAAGUUUUUCAUCUAAGAACCAAAUAGGAGCACAAUGCUGAUGGAGGCAGUUCAGGGAGGAGCCACAAGACUGGGAUGAAGAGAAAAUUAGUAUCUUAUCUUAUCUCUACUUAUUUCCAGGUAUCUAUAGGGAAAGCCAAAAUUUGACAAAGGAUUUUUGAAUCUGAAGGCAAAACCAGAAGCACAUACUAUGCCUGGAAGCUAAGGUUGUACAAAUUCUGUCAGAAACAUUGUUCACCCUUUCUUAAAAAACAAAACAAAACAAAACAAAAAAAAAAGUAGGAUAAUUAACAGUACGAUAAAAGAGAAACAAGUUCCUGAAGGUUAGAAUGAAUAUUCUUUACUGGGAAAAUUUUUAGAGACUGAAUUGUUUUCAUAAAUUGCAUGCUCUGGUCUGAAGAGAGCAGUCCAGGGAGGUCCAGUGGGCUGUCCUGCACAGAAAGUCACAGGAAAUGAAUGUGAUGGCCUUAUCCGCAAUGAUAAUUGAUGAAUCUUGAAUGCAUGACAAUCUUUUUGCUGAUCAUAUUUCUGAAAGAACCCAGCAUCUGGCCUCUUGGCAGUAAAACACAGCUAUUUUGGCAAUUGUCCCCAAACCCUUGGCACCAGCAGGUGUAUCUUUAACUGCUGUGGCAUUCAAAUGAAGUGGUUGUCCAUCAUUGCUUCACUGCUGUACAAAGCACAUGUCAGGCAGAAGUUUAGCCAAACGAUGAGAGGUUUAACACAGAGGAAGACCAAAGCUUGCUCCAAAACUUGAGCAUCAUCACUGAACUGGCAGUAGCUAGAGGGGGUAGGAAGGCAUGGCAACAAGAACACCUCCUUGAGGAGAAACUCUCUGCCUUUGGAUGCACAAUGAGAAUAUGUUCAAGGAAGAUUUCUGGAACAUGAUUGAAGAGAACAGGAACAGCAAUGACUCCUCCUCUGCCUUCACUCACACCAACGCCACGAGUGCCAUACUGAUUACUGCCUACUCAGUUGCCUUUGCUGGAGGUGGGAUCGGGUCCAUCACAAUGUUGUUUGUGCUGGUCAAGAUGAACACUUUGUCCGUGACCACUACAGCCAUCAUUAACCUGGUUGUUGUGCACAGCCUCCUCCUCUUCACGGUGCCCUUUCGCUUGCACUACUAUGUCAACAAGAAGUGGGUAUUUAAGAUGCCAUUUUGCAAAAUAGUGAGUGCAAUGGUGCACAUCCACAUGUACCUGACUUUCCUGUUCUACGUGAUCACGCUGGUGAUCCGGUGGCUCAUCUUCUUUAAAUGGAAGGACAAGGUGGAGUUUUACAGGAAGCUGCACGCCAUUGCGGCAAGCGCUGCCGUGUGGGUCUUUGUCAUGGUCUUUGUAGUGCCAGUCUUGUGCUUUGAGUACGGACGCUCAGGCCCAUACAAUGAUACAACAUGCUUUAAGUUCCACAAAGAACUACGGCAGGAGGGCGUGAAAGCCCUGAACUACACCAUAAUUGUAGCUGUCGCCUGCAUUACUUGUGUCCUCUUGGGCCUGCAGCUUUUCAUCCUGGUAAAAGUGGCGAGAAAACUUUCCACCUCUGUCUGGUCACACCAAGAGUUCUGGGCCCAGGUGAAAAACUUGAUUUUCAUCUGCGUCAUCAUAGUUUGCUUCCUUCCCUAUCACCUCUUUAGGGCCUACUACAUACAGCACGUGAGUGAUUUUGACCAGUUAGAAAGCUACAAUGAAGUUUUUUUGAGCCUGACUGCCCUCAGCUGCCUGGACCUGCUGUCGUUUGUGCUGAGUGGAAGCCGUCUCUUCAAGCAAAAGGUGGGCAUGCUGCGCAGCAGGUUGUCUUGCUGCUAGCAUCAGCCUCCUGCAGCACGCGUGGACCUGGACCUGGCAAAGCACAGCGCUGGGCAGGCAUGGCAAACCCCCUCCUCAGCAAGUCACGGUGGGCGCUGGAAACAGCGCAACGCACUCGUGCAGGGCACUGCAUGCCUGCUCCUCAAAAUAUUGGGGUGAACUGCCUCCAGUGUCUCAGCUGGUCAACUGGAAGGUUACCUCUGGGAUUUCUUCACGGUGCUACCUAGUGACUUGCGGAUGCACCUAGAGGAGAGGGAGUAAAGGGCAUGGGCUCUUCUGUCUUACUCUUGUUACAUCAAGGUUUGUCAAGUCGAAGGCACUAGGAGGAGACUCAAGAGAAUUUGAAAAGUAUGUAGAAACGCAGAUAGAAAAGCUGUUUUUCUUACAGAAUAAGGUACAGAUUUUUGAAACAUAAAAAUCUAUAUAAUUUUCCACAUACAUUUCUUAUUUAUUCCUCACAAGCUCUCAUAAAAUAUCAGGGAAGCUAUUGUUCCUCCUGAGGAGGUCUGUUCCUCCACUGAGGAGCAGAAAAGGCCUUGGCUCUGUGUAAGCACUGCUCAGCAAUAACUAAAACAUACCUGAAUUACCAACACUGUUUCCAGCACAAAUCCAAACCACAGCCCCAUACUACCUACUGUGAAGAAAAUGAACUCUAUCCCAGCCAAAACCAGCACUUAAAGACAAGCGUAACUUUCUAACUCUUUAAAAAUAAACCAACAAUAAAUAGUUGUUUCUUGAAAUAUUUACUCAAAAUCAUCUUUUGGAGAUGGUAUCACUGCAGCAGAAAAGAGUUUUGUUCUCUUUCCCACAUUAUGAAAAUGUCUCCAACAACAAAAAUUACACAUUGUUACUGAAAUGAACAUUGUAAGUUCAGACAAAAGCCUGUAUUUUUAUUUACAGAAUUGUUGAAUUAAAAAAAAAUAACAGUGAAGAUAAUUUUAUUUGGAUCAUUCAGACAGCAGUUGUCUUCUUUUAAAAAGUCAAAUUUUUUAGGUCUCCAAGGUAACAAUGAUUUUUUCUUUAUCGUGUGGUGAUUUUGUGCAAUUCUGAAGUUUAUAACUAAUUACAGUAUCUUUAGCUUGAAAUCAAUUCUAUAAAUUUAGUACCCUGUACUGGUAGAAGAAAUUAAAAUGUUACUGCUUGGAUUGGAGGGAUGGAAAAAGCUAAUAAACCUGGUGUAGUUAAAAAGCUUAUUAUAUCUCAGUGAGGUAUUGUCAGUUGUUAUCUCUGAAGAAAGAAUUGAAUUCCACUAGAAAAGAGGAAAAAUUCAGCAAAAUAAUUCUGUGAAAGACAUUCAGGCUUUCAUAGCUCAGCUGCUUUACUCCUGUCCCCAAAAAAAGAGUAUAAAUCUCUGACUACUAUAACCCAAGACAGCAAUGGCUAAUAUAUCUUUCUUCUUCUUGCCAUCUGCAUAAGGUCACAUUUUUUCAUCUAGAGUCAGUGGGAUAAUAUUUUAAUCAUUUGACAAAUUAGAGGUUAUCAGCUGGUAGAAUUCCAGUGAUAGUCUCUCCUCGUGAUGCUGUUGAAGUUCACCUUUUCAUACUUCUGAAUCUUUCCAUUCCUUUCUACUUCACCUUCAACAUCUCUUGCACAUCAGACAGCAAUCGAAUAACGAUUGGUUGACCUUGCUGUACCUCUACAAUCUUGCCGCUAUGCUCGUUGCUUUUGGUCCCACCAAGACGGUUACUUUAAAGGAUCCCGUCUCUUCUAUAGUCUUUUUUUCCUGACUUCCUUCUUGCUUCAAGCUCCUGUAUAUCUCUUGGGAGGUCUGAUUACGAGAAAGCUUUUUCAGGUCAGAGUCUGAGUAAUGCUGUAUAACACCAGAAGUUGGAAAUCACUGAAGUUCAUAACACAAGUGAGAUGUGGGGGUGCUCACACGGCCCACCCUUGGCAAAUAGCCUGGAUCACAUCUGUUAAGAUAGAAAUGUUAAAGCUUGCAGGGUGUGUGGAACUGAGAAAAAACUAUCCAAGAAGGCAUUUGCCCCAAAAGGAUCACAGUAAAGAUGAAGACGACUACCAGCCAGAUUCCACAGUAGUGGUGGAACUACGGAGACUUUCAUAACAUGGAAGGAGUCAACUUGAAUGUGUAGUUCAUUACCAGUUAAUUAUAUGUUGUUAAGAAAGUAAUAAACUUCUCUGAUCCAGAUUUGUUUUAAAAUCACACAAACAAACCAGUUUUUCCUUGCAGCAGAAGAGAAAAUGGAAAAUGGCACAUUUUUCGUUUCCUUCUAUAACAACAUUGUUAGUGAAAGAAAAUACCUUGCAUGUGUUCCGUAGGCACUGCGUACCUUUGUAACACUAUA